CGAAGGCACAUUUCAGUAGCACAUCACACAUCAUGUAAUGCUUGUUGUUAUGGUGUAUAAUUGAAAGGUAAUGAAUGACGGUGAAUCAUGGGGAAUUCGCUCAUUAUAAUCAAAGGAUCUGCGACUUGAGAAAUUAUAAACUCAUGAAAAAGGGUCUAAAAUAGCCUAAUUAAGUUUCUAAAAAAUCUGUGAGAACAAGUUGUUGAAUAUUGUGCAUAUAGUUUCUAUUGCAUAAAAUUUUACUAAGAUGUGUUAAACGUACAUAUGGAUUUUCCUGUAAUAUAAAUUACUGAGGCAACUCGUAUUCUAAAAAUGUGUUCGUCGAUAACACAACGAGGAUAUUAUAUGUGUUCCUAAAACUUUAAUAUAGCAUCAGUUGGAAUAAAUGUGUUUAUGGUGCCAAGUAAAAUAUGCUAUGCAUAUCAUACCUAAGCAUUUAUGGGUGCUUGAACUGUAUUUGCAUACGGUACUGGUAGGCCAUUUACUAGCUAAUGGCCAAACAUGAUGAAUAAGGAGAUAUUUCACGACUAAAUUUAGAGAUAGAAUCAAGUGGAAUAAAAGAAACUAUUUGGUAGAUUUAAAUUCAGAAUGUCUACUUGGGAUGAAUACAGACCGCAUCCUGAUGAUGAGUACUUCUACGAAAAUAGUUCAGUCUCCACAGAUGUUGAUCGAUGUCUCUACUAUGAUUAUAAUUUUGACAUUAGCACAGCAGUUAUUUGUGGCAUGUAUUUAUCAUUUGGUGUUGUGUAUACAUUGUAUGGCUAUCGUUGUUUCAAAGCUGUGAUGUUCCUCACUGGUUUCACAUUUGGCACAGUUCUUGUCUAUUUGAUUUGUCAGCAAGAAGAUCUGUUGUCUGCUGCUGGUAAUGCUGGUGUAGCUUUGGGUGCUGGUUUACUGUUUGGCCUCAUUACAAUGCUUGUGCAAUAUGUUGGUCUCUUCAUGACUGGCUUUCAUACAGGAUUAUUCCUGGGUGUUGCUGUCAUCUUAAUUUCUCAUCUUUGGUAUACACCAAAUAACAUCUGGUUGAUUGUUGCCAUACUCAUGGGAUGUGGUCUUGCUGGUGCUGUCCUUACAUUAUUCUGGCAAAAAGGUUUAACUAUAUUAGGAACUAGUAUUUAUGGUGGUGCCAUAAUUGCAAUUUGUGCAGAUUAUUUUAUAGAGAAAUACAUAAUGAUUCAUUGGGUGUGGGAUAGAAUAAGACUUUCCAUAUCUUUACCAGUUUGCUGGUUCUCUUGGCUGAUUCUUGGAGUUUGGCCAUUCAUGAUUCUUGUAGGGACUCUUACUCAGUGGCGCAUUACUGGCAUUGGAAUUCAUCACCAACAGCUUGCUCCUCCCAGACGAAGAACAAGGCAGCUUAAUUUACAAAGAAUUAGACAAGAAGAAUCUCGAGCCGAACAACGUCAAAAGAAAUAUCGCUACUUAUAUCAGGUUCGCACAGCACAUGGUGAUGUUAUUUCCCAGAAUUAUGUCCAGAGUCUGCAGAAGAAAGUUUGUCCUCCACCAGAUGAUAGCUUUACUACAUUGCAUUCAGAUUUGACCCAUCUGACAGUUUUGAAUCCGUCGGAGAGCACAGCUACAUCUAUUAGUCAAUUGCCAUGAAUUGAAUGGAAUUUAAAAGUGCAUGUAACAUGCACGUGUUAACUGCCAAUAUUUAAAAGCUCUUGAUUUUGAGCAUACACAAUACAUUUCCAAUAUUUCAUAGUUGCCUCGAGCCAUUUUUAUUUGUGAUAUUUGUUUAGUGAAAAGUCAAACAUAACCAAUAUCUCUUCAGUUAAGAUUCAUUUCCAAUUAUCAAAUGGUGAUGCAAUUGCGUUAAGUUAUGGAAAAGUGCUUGUGUGAACAGAGCUAGCCCAUGGCUCUAUAAAAAAGCUGUGUCGAAUUGUCCGGUGAGAUAUUUGGUGCCUUCAAGUGUCAGAUGAAAUGUAUGUAGCAUCGUUUGACUGAUGUUAUCUAUAAAUGUAUAAUUGGAUAUGUGUUUCCUUUUAAGUUUGUGGAGAAAAAUGCCAUUCUUUAAUUUUUAUAGUAUUGAAGUUUAUUUUAUUAACUAUCAUAUUUGUCAUCAGCCAAAGAACAUGCCUUACUUUUUUUAUUCUGUCAUGCUUCUGUCAUUGUAUUCCAGUCAUCACCUUUGGCGAGACUAUCAACACUUGUAGAAUGUUUUUAAGGCAGCUGUUUUUAGUACAUGUUCUUGCAACAAAGUUCAUAGAUUUAUUUUAAUGAUUUAUAACACACAUUCCAUCUAUAAUUGAUGAAAUGUUUUCCAUUGUGUGUUUUAUAGCACUAAUUUGUGCAGAUAUUUAUUUAUAAUUGUUAUUUGUGCAUGUGUGUGCUGAACAGUAUUUAAUUUAUUUCUUUUAUUUAUCACUAUAUGUAUACAUUUAUAAAAUUAUGGGGUGCAAGUGGCAAUAUUAUAUAUUUUAUGUAAUAAAAGUUUCAAAUUAUUGUAUCUACCUCCAAGCUAACUGGAGAAAUUAACUAGAAAAUUAUUUGUUUAGUCAUUUUGAGAAUUACCAUUCUCUUUUGAAGUUUAAAAAUGCUGCUCAAAUUUUAAAAAUUUAUAGCUUUUCCCCUUUCACUGCCAAAUAAAGCUCUUAUUUGACUGUA